UCGUAUUUAUUACACAUCCAAUACAGAGCGCUUUUUACUUCUUGUUUUUAAAUGCGAACGCGAUGGUACCGUUUCGCGCUUUACUCAUAUUGUCUGCACGCGGCUGCCAUGAAUAAUAUGAACGUUUUCCAAAUAAACCUUACAAAUUAUAACCUUGGCACAUUUCGCGAUAAUUAUUUAAACUGGUCGAGUUAAGUAUUGGGGUGGUGUAGUUCAGAACGUAUUUGUGAUGUUCCUGGUAUGGGCUGCAUGGCGAGUUCACAAAGAACCAACGAGCCAACGGCAUCUACUACACCUUGGCAGGAGAUGUCAAGUGGUAAGGGUGAGACGGUGGUGGCAGCACUCGCCAGGCUUGAUAGCGAGAUCACUGCUAGCGAGAAGUCUUACCCGGCGGCGAGAUUGGCUGUGGUUACUGCAGAGCUUGAGAUCAUUCAACAGGAAAUCAACUCAUUUGAGGAGACUACGAGCCCAGUGAUUAAAGAUAGCUAUGCAAAAACUUUACAUCAGAUCUUUGUGGCUUUGGAUUUGUACAGAAGACCGAUGUUGGCUUCCGAAAAUGAAGAUUUUGUUGCCAACGUUAACCGAAAGGAAAUGCGUCGUUUAGAACUUAGUUGGUUGCGCACGCGCUUCGCGGAGUUACAGCGUGAGCGUCGAGCAUUGCACUCACAGAUACUGGGAAUACGUUCUUUGUACGCUCAAAUGCAUCAAUUGCUUGACAGCCUGUGGGGAAACAACCAGCGUCCUGGAACACCUUUAGAAAAUUCGUUGAUGAAGGCUAUAGCUCUACGUGAUGCCUUGGCCUCAGUAAGUGCAAAAUUACGAGCAGCUGCAGAGUACGCCCAUGCAGCUGUCAAGGCUUUGGACGAUGCGAUACCCGCAUGGAAACUUACACCCAUUGGCAAGAGUGGUUGGGAGCGCACGUCGGCAUGCGCAGACGCAUGUCGGCUGCUGGUGCAGGCGCGGUGCUUGGAGCGCAGCGCUCGGCGUGUGCUGUCCGCGUCGGCCGCCCCACGCGCCGCUCGCACGCUGCGACUUGCGUUAGAUUACGCCUUCACAGAUCUCAUGCAUGAUCAUAAGUAUCAAAGAGCAACGGAAAUAUUUCAGCAAUUUAAGUCUGCUUUGGCUGAGCUCAUCGAAGCAGUCCACCAAGUUUUAUUAAACAAUAUAGAGAACCUAGCUGUGGCAGAGAAAGAUGUUGCUAAAUGGAAGCGGGACCUGCAGGCUGCUCGAGUGAAUGCUAUCGUACAGAAAGGCCUGGCGGAGUUACGAUAUGAAGCCAAAGCUUUGACCAGUUUACAAAUGAAUGUAAACAUUGUCCAAUAGUAUCAGUUU